UGUUGUGAAUAGGGCUUGUUUGUAUUUCCUAUUAAAUAUAAACACUUCAACGCAGUAGGAACGGUUCUCACUUAUGCUUUUACUUUCCUAUUGUAUUGUAGUAUCAAUCACGAAUGGAUACCAAUUCUAAUCCUAUACCAAAACCACGCACAGGAUUAAUACAAGAUGAUCCUCUGAAACGACCAGUGCCAUUACCACGAACAAAGGUUCCAAUUAACAAUGAUAGAGUUUCAGCAUCAGAAAUCUUUAGAUCAAUUGGUACUGUUUCCAAGCAAAUAACAGAAGAUGUGACCCAUAAAGUUACAAGUUCAGCUAAAACGGCUAAUGAAAAGAUUGAAAAGUCGCUGAUUGAUGGUUCAAGGUUUGCUAAAGAUACUUUAGAGAAAACCAUUAAUACAUCAAGAGCUGUGAGGAAUUCUGUCACAAAAUCUGUUAUAGAACACACGAAAAAUGCAGGUCUAAAGUUACGUCGUUCAAAAGUAACUGAAGAUAACAUAGAAGAGAAUCCGAGAUGUGUGUCUAUGCCAGUUGUUGAUGUGAGCUUAUUCGAUAAUAUUCAGUUUCACUCACCACUUUUGGAGCAAAAGAAAUUUAAUAAUAAAAAUAUUCAUGACGAAAUGGAAACACCUAUAUCAUUACAGUUGAAUAACACCAAUUUUGAUGAAAUGUCAGUAUUUUCAAGCAAUUCUAAUUCAGUUACAGGCAGUGUAAGUAACAUUUCACAUGAAAGUCAAGAAUUUGAACAGAGCGAUUUGAAUUCUAAUUAUGAAACAGAUGUAACAUAUGAUACUCCUAGGUCAUCAAGGGUUAACAGUUUUUCAAGUGUAAGAUCAGCCCCAGAGAUACCCAAUAGAAGAAAGAAAAGAGAUGUUGAGACAAUGAGACAAAAUUCUCUAUAUGAAAACUGGACACUCCCUCACCAGCCCCUAAUAAAUGAUAAUAUUGAAGCAACAGAAAGACCAAGUAAAAGUACCAUCUAUGAAUUUGAUCCAUUAAAUUGUAGCAGUACCACUAAAAAAUAUGAAGGCUUAAGUAAUGAAUUACUUCUACUUGAAUCAUUUUUAGUUGGUGAUACAUAUGGAACAAUUGUAGCUAACAAUUUUGGAAUAGAGGAGGUGUUUGAUUUUGUUGAGAGUGAUUACUUCAACCCACCAAUGCCCCCUGAAAGACUCGAUAGUCUUACAACAGCUGAGACAACUGCGAAAUCAACCUUAGAAAAAAGUGUAAACAACAGUAGUUCUAAUUGGUAUGUUGGAAAUAAUAUUAAAUCAAUAGAUACUGAAGAUGAUGUCAAAUCAAGCAGUUCUGUUAUCCAAAAGUUUUCUAAUAUUCUAAAACUAGAUAGUGUCCUUAAUAAGAAUGUCAAACCAACUGUUCCAAAAGUAAAUACAGUUGAACGGCCACAAAUACACAACCUACCAGUAACUCACCACAGUGGAAUAUUGAGUAAAGUUGUAUCUGGGGUGGUUGAGGAUUUUUUCAAAAAUUCCCAGUCAAGGUACUGCAUUCUGUCUGAUCAAAAGCUGAUGUGCUAUUUGGAUGCUGCUAAUUCUGUUGUCAAAGAAGUAUUUAUGCUGGACAAUGUAAACUCUAUUCAAAUUGUACUACCAUUAUCCUCAAGUAAUGCCAACAAUACAUACUGCUUUGAAUUAAUGAUUUCAACAAGUAUUAAAAGCGCUCCAAGAAAAGUCCUGUUUGGUUGUAACAGCGCAUCAGAGAGAAGAAAUUGGGGGCAAAAAAUUGUUGAACACCUUACUAGUGGAUUCCCAACAAAGUAUACUUCAGAAUUUACAAGAUGUGGCUGGUGCUAUUUGAAGGAAGGCGUAAGUGGUGAUUGGAGGGGCGCGUGGGUAAUGCUUGUGAGAAGAGUACUUGUCUACUAUACUACUCCAGAGCAACUAUGCACCGUUGAUCUCAGGAAAACAAGAUGUGUUGUAGUUCAAGAUGCGGAUGAAGACACAAAGCGUAGAUGUCCUUCAGACAACAGUCCGAAUCUUCUCCUGGAUUGUCCACACGCAACGCUGUAUCUUCGGUUCCCCUGCGAGAGAGAACUUAAGGGUUGGCGGUAUAUGGUGAAACUGGCUGCACACAAUAACGGCUCUUAUUUGCACCAUCAGCAAUUAACCAAGGAAGACGUACCUGCCAUUGUUGACAAGUGCAUCAGCUUCAUAUAUGCUCACGGUAGCCUAUCGGAGGGAAUAUACCGCCGUGCAGGUAGCAGCUCAGUGCUAUCCGAAUUGCUGGGUAGAUUCAGACGCGACGCGUGGUCCGUGGUUUUGAUUCCCGGACAACAUUCCGAGCACGAUGUUGCAGGGGUCCUGAAGAGAUUCUUCAGAGACCUUCCUGAAUCUUUGAUGCCUCAGGAAUAUCAUCAAAGGCUCAUAUCUGCUCUAGAAAUAAAAGACAUAAAACAGCGUAAUAAGGAGUACAGAGAAUUGAUGGGCUCACUGCCCAUAGUAUCUAGACAUACGGCAAGAAAAUUAUUCGCGCAUUUACACUUUUUGAAUACAAUGGCACAUGCAAAUAAAAUGAAUGCAGAGAAUCUUGCUUCAGUGUGGGCCCCCACUAUUAUGCCUGCUGCUUUGACAAGUCAAACACUUCAAACGGCAUGGUCAGCGAAGGAGCAAUACGUUGUCAGAGAUAUGAUAUCAAACUAUGAGGAUAUAUGGGAGCCGACGGAAGUGGAGACGCGACGAGAGGCAGCAAUCAGACGUAUUCUGAUGAGGGUGCUGAGUAACACCGCGCCGACCUCGCCCAAGGCGGCUGGAGAUCUUCGCGCAUGGGUUUACAUUCAUGAUCGGAACACUUGCCACCAAAUCGCGCUUACACCUAACAAGACGAGUGCGGACGUGUGCAUAGAACUAUGUGAAAAGGCUGGAACCGACUCGCAUCUGUUGAUGCUACAAGAAGUGAUAUGCAAUGAGUCUAUGAGUCGUAUUAUACACGUGGACGAUAUUGUUCUAGACGUUGUAUUACGGUGGGGAUACUGGGACGAAGAAGAUAGGAAGGAUAACUAUUUGAUCGUGAAACAGAAUAAAGUUCUUUACGACAUGGAGGCGCUCAAAUCGACUGUUGGAAGUAUAUGUGGCGAACUCAAAGUCGCCAAUGAAGCUACAAAGGCUUUUAAACUGCACAUGUUUGAGUGUAGUAACUACAAGUUGUGCUAUUUUAAAGAUAAGCAGGGUUCUCGCAAAAUAGAAGAGUGGAACAUAAAGGACAUAUUAUGGUACGUGGGACAUGAACCCAAGCGAAAUCCUCAGUCGAGAUGGGCAAUAACAUUCAUCCCGAAAAAUAAUAAACAAAAGAGGAGCCGAGACCGCCCUUGGUUCGGUACUACAAUAGCCGGCGCGGUCACAGAAGACCAACUCAAAUGGAUGGCAGCCCUGAUGUUUGCCGAACACUCCAACAUAAUACCCACGCCCAGACUUGUCAUUACGUAGCAUAGCUUUACAACUUUAUUAAUUAUUAUUUGUACAAUAAAACACAGAAAAGUGGAAAUGUAGUGAUGUUUGGAAAGUUUAUCUUGCAUACCAUGGCUGGUUAUGGUGACAAAACACAAAGAUUUGGAUUGUAUUUCUUGCAUGAGGUUUUACAGGAAAAAUUUUAUUUAUGGAAAACAUGUAAUUAAUAUUUUAAUAUUGUAGCGACACAAGGAAAUCUAAAAAUUAGGAAUGAUCAGGCCAUUAUGGAAUUAUAUUUGAAAUGCUUAAAAUGUAUUUUGUAAAAAUUAAAUUAAUAUUUUUUUAACAUAAUUCAAAAUUUAAUAUUUUAUAGUAGGAUCUCUUUUUUGAUAAAUCAGCAGUAGUAGCCGGAAUGCCAGCCAGAUUAAAAAAAAAUCAUACAAAAACUCUAAGGUAAUUUUAAAAUUGUCUGUAGUUGCAAAAUUUAAAUUAAAUCUCUUGUGUAUUUUUUGCAAUUCGGACAUACAUACAGACAAACAGACGAAAAUUCUUUAUCAACUUUUUUGGUGUCGUUAUUGUUUGAAUAACACACACCAAUUAUUGUUUAUAAAGGGUAUUCAAUGGGCAGUUUUAACUAUAAUUUAUUUUAUACAAGAAUAUAAUAAGGAAAAAACUGACUCGAAUAUGUACAAAAUAAUGGCAAUAAAUAUAAAUGACAUAUGAUCGACAUUACAGUCAGAACACAAGCUAUUUGGUGAAUCCAUUGGAUUUUUAAUCACUUACGGGCUAUCCAUCAAUAACGUCACAUUAAGAGGUGAGAGGGGGUCGACGAAGUUUACCAGUAGGAGGCUCCUUUGCACAGGAUGCCGGCUAGAUUAUGGGUACCACAACGGCGCCUAUUUCUGCCGUGAAGCAGUAAUGUGUAAGCAUUAUUGUGUUUAGGUCUGAAGAGUGCCGUUGCGUGAAAUUACUGACAAACGAGACUUAACAUCUUAUGUCUCAAAGAGACGAGCGCAAAUGUGGUGCCGAUCAGAAUAUUUAGGAUUUUCAAGAAUCCUGAGCGGCACUACAUGGACAUGGCGUAUCAAUUACCAUCAGAUGAACGUCCUGCUCGUCUCGUCCCUUAUUGUCAUCAAUUAUUAAUCAUAUUUUAUAUAUAAGUAAUACUUAUUCAACUUAAAGUACAUACCUACUAAAAUAUAAAUAGUUGUAAAUCUGUCUGCCGAGUGCCUUUGAUAAAAGCCGCCUUACCGUGACUUCUUUGUUUCUAUUUAUUCGAUAAUUGACUUUCGCUGAGUGAACAACGGCGCGGGCGUUUUCUGAGUGCUGCUAUUUUGUGACUUUAAACUUAUGAAACACUU